CCACCACUACCAAGUUCAUAAAAAUGGACCCCUCUGAGUACUCAUUCAGCCAUUUCAAUGGUGGCAACUACAACAUGUUCCAACCCGAUUUCAUGCCCGAAACCGACUUCGAAAACCUCAUUGGUGCAGUUCAUAGCGAGCCUGUAGCAGAUCCAAUUGAAAGUUUCUGUUUAAACUACGGAUACAAUCAAUAUACCAACUCCUAUACGGAGCUGCCACCCCUUCCCCCACCGUAUAGCCACAAUGAUGCUGCCGGUGUUGCCUUCGGCGGUUAUCAGAUGAUGGAUCCAAACCCGGGUCUGGUUUGGAACCAGGAAGUGGAGGAUAUGAAGGGUGAUAAUUCAUCCGAGACUGCGACAACUGAUAAACCGGAAACCUCAAAGAGAACCGGUGGUGACACGAAGGCUGAUCGGGGGAAGACUUUGAUUUCCGAGCGGAAGAGGAGAACUGGGAUGAAGGAGAAGCUCUACGCGUUGCGUUCUUUAGUACCCAAUAUAACCAAGAUGGAUAAGGCUUCGAUUGUCGGAGAUGCAGCACGAUACAUUCAAGAUCUUCAAACACAAUCGAGGAAUUUAAGGGCUGAGAUUGCAACAAUUGAAGCAAGUAAAGCACUAGACAUGUCAUCAUCCGAGAAUACAACAAAGGCUCAUGUUCCAGCCGCAUUUCCAACGUUGAAGAAGAUAUCAAAGUUUGACAUGUUUCAAGUUGAGGAGAAAGGAUACUAUGUAAGACUCGUUUGCAAGAAAGGACGAGGUGUUGCGGUUUCACUUCAUAGAGCACUUGAGUCGAUCACAAGCUUUCAUGUCCAAAAUUCAAAUUUAUCGACCGUUGAUGAUGAUUUUGUCUUGACAUUCGCAUUAGAUGUUACGGCGUGCGGAUUUGAAAUAAACAUGGCAACUUUGAAACUAUGGCUUUCGAGUGCUUUCAUCAACGAAGGUUUCGAAUUCAACACAUUUCCAUCGCACUGAUCGAAUCCAUUUGAGGAACGUUGAUAUGCAUGCAUUUGUGUGGCAUUUAUAAACGCUCACAGGCGCAUGCAUCAGGAGAUCGAUGUUUAUUUGAUUAUGUUUCGUAUUUAUGUCUCACUAAAGACAUGUACCUUACAUUUUGUUUAUGGAUGAUUGGAUGUAACUUAUUCCGUCUUAUGAAAACUACACUAUUGGCUUAAUUGUAACUCAUUUGUCAAUUAAUUAGUUCGUAAAAAAUAGAUUA